GAGUAGCAUUUUACUUUUACUUUUCUCACACUCACCAGCAGUACCACUAUCCUAAAUACUACACUCUGGUUACUUACAAGUUAGCUGGCUUUGUGUUGUGUGUGCUCCCUGUCUCUCUCUUGGGGCAGUAAAUGGCAGGUUUCAUAGCAAGAAAACAGAAAUAGAGUUCCCAAAAUCAAAAACGUUUUCAAGUAAAAAAGCUUGAAUCAGUGUACCAAAAGUAGCACACAACACAAUCACAAAUAGGUAUCAUUCUCUCUCUUCCUACUUUUGGUUCACUUUUCUUUUUCUCUUUACUCUCUUCUGGCUUCUGCAAUUUCUGACCUAGGUUUUCAAAUUGGGGCUAUUUAUGAUACUCAAUUCAAUGCUUUCUUUGUUGCUUCAUUGACUGUAUCAUAACUCCUUUGAAAACACCCUUUUUACCCUCUUCUCUCUCUCUGCUGACAAACUCGUGUAACCCCUUUUGGGAACUUGAAGAAUUCUUUUUUUUUUUUUUUUUCUUUCAAAAACUGGGAAAAAAGAUUCAAUUUUUAGUGUUUAUGCAACUUUUCAAGAGAUGGGUAUUGUCUCAUUUUGUUCAGUUUGUUGGUUUUCAGAUUUUCAUUUCUUAGUUCUUGUCAAACACAUCUUUUGAUAAUGUUAUGUCUUUUUCUAUAAUCUAGUAGAGUACUAUUUGGUCACUGUACAAGGUUACUUUACUUUAUUGUCUGGUUUUCUCUGAAGUGAACAUUUUUUAGUUUGUUUUGUUUUGUUACUUCAAAGAAGUCAUAGGAAAGAGUUUGCUAGUGUCUACUUUGUUAAGGAAAUGAGUGAAAGAGAAAAGUUUGAGCUAGAAAGUAAGGAGGGUUCUUUGGAUUGGAGGUUUGUGAAUGCCACCAACCUUGCAAAUUCAUCUGUGGAUUUGGUUUCAAUGGAAAAUUCUAUGAAUUUGAGUAGAGGGGAUUUGAUGAUGGGUUCUUCUUCAUGUUCAAAUUCAAUGGUGGAUUCAUAUAGUCCUAACUUUUUGGACCUUCUUACUAAUUCUGAAAACUUGGCUGGUUUUUGUGAUGUUAUUGGGCAGAGUCAUGUAAGUUCUACAAACCAAGAUGGAAUAAGAAAAGAUGGGUUUAGUUUUGCAAGAGUUGGGUGUGAUGAUAGAGCAUUAGGAAUGAGUUGGAACCUUGCUAGUUCUAUGAUGAAGAGGGAUGCUAUUUUGCCAAAUGGACAUGGGAUGUUUCCUCAAAGUUUGUCUCAGUUUCCAACUGAUUCUGGAUUUAUUGAUGCUGCAAGAAUGUCGUGCUUUAGUGCCGGGGGUUUCAGUGAUAUGGUUAACUCAUGUGGGAUUCCUCAAUCUAUGCCUUUACACGUGUCUCGGUCUGUUGAGCAUCAUGGUAGUGAUGGAAGUCCACUCCAAAAUGAUGGAAGAAGUGAUUGUCCUGUAAUGUCUCCAGAUGAAGGGAAACAAGCUCAUGGAGGGUGUUCUAAUGAGGUGGAUAGAGCUGAAUCAAGUGGUGAUGAUGGUGUUGGUAAUGGUAGCCAUGAUGAUUCCCAAAUGUUGGAUUCUACAAGUGGUGAACCUUCUAUUAAAGGUUUAAAGUCAAAGAAAAGGAAAAGAAGUAGGCAGGAUGGUGAUAGUAGUGAUAAAGCCACUAGAACUCUUGAGCUUCCAACAGCAACAGCAAAAGACAAUUGUGAGAGUAGAAAGGGAAAGCAGCUAACAACUUCAACAGCCAAGGCUUCUGGGAAGAAUGCCAAACAGGGGUCUCAAGCUUCUGAUCUGCCUAAUGAGGGAUACGUACAUGUCAGGGCUCGCCGUGGUCAAGCAACAAAUAGCCAUAGCCUUGCAGAGAGAGUGAGGAGAGAAAAGAUCAGUGAAAGAAUGAAGUUUCUUCAAGAUCUUGUACCUGGAUGCAACAAGGUCACUGGCAAGGCUGUGAUGCUAGAUGAAAUCAUUAAUUAUGUGCAGUCUCUUCAACAACAAGUUGAGUUUUUAUCGAUGAAACUUGCAACAGUUAAUCCACAUGUGGAGUUUAAUAUGGAACGGCUUCUCCAUAAAGAUAUUCUUCAACAUCGGCCGGGUCCGUCAUCUACUUUGGGGUUUCUCACAGAAAUGCCAAUGGCUUUUCCUCCAUUAUUACAUCCAUCUCAACAGGGACUCAUUUGUGCGACUCUACCUAACAUGGCAAAUUCAUCACAUUUACUCGGUCAUACCGUGCAACCACAGUCAGCACCUUUGACCGGAGAAUUCAAAGAGCCAAAUCAGGUUAAUCCAUUGCAAGCAGCCAAGCCCUGAAAUUUCCUCAACAUCAAUCCUUUGUUUAUUUCAGUUAUACAGUUAAAAUUUAGUUUCUACACCAUGCUAAUAGUAAUUAGAAAUGAUGGUUGGAAUCAAUGGACAAUGACAGUGUGCUUUUAUUUUACCGUUAUCAUUAUAUUCGAAAGUUUCGCCAAAA